UUGAAGAUUAGGACCUGUCUGGAUCAUGGGCCGAGAAUCCAAUCGACCAUGGAGCGGCUCACAACUCCGCAACUCUUCUUUAUUCGGGUCACUUCCCCCCCCAGUUCGUCCGACCUCCCGGCCAAUAAACAAUGUCCUCCACGCGCCACAAUGCAUCGGCAACCUCGUCUGAAAGAAAACGCUUGCGCGAUAGACGAGCUCAACAGAACCUGCGAGAGAAACGGGAGAACCGCAUGAGAGCUUUAGAGGAGCAGGUGGCCUAUUGCCAGAAGAAUCACGGCAACGAGUUGAUCAAAAACUGCAUGCUCACCGUCGACAGUGUUAGGCGGGAGAAUGAGCUUCUUCUUGCUCGACAAGAACACCUUCGUCGCCUGUUUCAGAGCUGGGAAGCCCAGAGCAACGGUGCAACGGGGGCGCGUCUAACACUUUCUUCGACGUAUAUGGCGUCCAACCCUCUACCAGCACCGACGACAUCGAUUUGUAGUCCAGACAGUGAGACGGUCUUGGUCGAUCCGAAGAUACACACCAUUUCUGGCUGGUCCGUCAAUGGUGUAGAUUCUGCACAUCUCGGGUCAACUACCGAUGGUCUCACAGCUCCAUCGAUGACUAGCACGUGGCCCGUGGGGUCAGACAGUCCAACCUCGCCCUCGCCAAUUGUCGAGCUUCCCCUGAUGCCCGACAUGCACCCCACACCAGGGCCAGACACGUGCCCCUUGAUUACCCCCAAGGAAUAUAGUCUGAUGACUGCUCAUAGUCGGAGUUGGUCUGGAUGGUUAGCUCUGUCGGAUACCAUUGCGAAGCUACCUCUAUUGGCGUCUCCGUUGGAGCUGCUACAUGGCUCACGACAUAACUGGCUGGCAGACCAAGUCAACCGACUCCUUCGGCGGCUAAGCAUCCGAGAACCUGACCGUUUCGCACUAAGCUGGAUCAUGUAUGUGUUUGUAAGAUGGCGGGCUAACCCGACCCCGCUCGCAUUCGCCAACAUGCCAACAUUCCUACAACCUGUGGCCGGGCAGGUGCGGCAGGAUCAGCACCCUGAAAUGAUCUUCUUUUUGUGGCCGCAGCUACGGGUCAACGUGCUGGAACAUUGGGAUACAAUUGAUAUUCUAGAGCUCUAUAGAUAUGCGAUCAGCGCCUGUAGAGUGCGAUGGCCGUCCUCCCAGAGCAUCUGGGACUGGGAUGACGACGACAACAUGUUUGUGAAGCCAGAAUUCUUUCAAACCUUCAUGGACCGGAGUGGCUGGGGGUUCACUUCCGUCUUCAUUGAUAAAUACCCGCAAUUGAUGAAGGGGAUGGAUGUGGAGCACAUCCGGUAUGACAUUCCGUAGAUCCGUCUAUUGCUAUACUUCCAGGCCUGACCCAGAAAUGAUCAAAAACGAUACCUAUAUUAAUGAAAGGGAUACUCCAGCUUGUCUGACUGCGCAAAAAAAAAAAAAAAAAAAAAAGAAAAA